GUAUCGUCUUCCUCAACAACUCCGUGAUUAACUAGACUAUCUGUUAAAGGACAAACCUUUCAUCUUAAAGGACAAACCUUUUGAUCAUAUCUCUCUUACGAAGUGGUUGAUUGUUACCAUAAAUAAAUAAAAAGCUCUCUUAUCUCUCUCUCACUCUCUCUUUCAGAUUGAUUGUUUGGUGGGUUCGACGAAAGCUUUGAUCUUUUGCGUAAAUGGCUUCUCUUUUAGGCAGAUUCUGCCGGAAAAUGGUUGUUCCGGGCUCAGCUCACGGAGGAGCACGUUUGGUCUCUACGACGACGUCGUGUGAAUCAGAAACCGUGAAGUCGUUGAACCUAUACUCUGCUAUCAACCAAGCUCUUCACAUCGCCUUGGAAACCGAUCCUCGCUCUUAUGUAUUUGGGGAAGAUGUUGGGUUUGGUGGAGUCUUUCGCUGCACUACGGGUUUAGCUGAACGGUUCGGGAAAAACCGUGUCUUCAAUACUCCUCUUUGUGAGCAAGGCAUUGUUGGAUUUGGUAUUGGUCUAGCAGCAAUGGGAAACCGAGCAGUGGUAGAAAUUCAAUUUGCAGACUAUAUUUAUCCUGCUUUUGAUCAGAUUGUAAAUGAAGCUGCAAAGUUCAGAUACCGAAGUGGUAACCAAUUCAACUGUGGAGGACUUACAAUAAGAGCACCGUAUGGAGCGGUUGGUCAUGGUGGGCAUUACCAUUCACAAUCCCCUGAGGCUUUCUUCUGCCAUGUCCCUGGUAUCAAGGUUGUUAUCCCUCGGAGUCCACGAGAAGCAAAGGGGCUAUUGUUGUCUAGUAUCCGUGAUCCAAAUCCUGUUGUCUUCUUCGAACCAAAGUGGCUAUAUCGUCAAGCAGUAGAAGAAGUUCCAGAGCAUGACUAUAUGAUACCUUUAUCAGAAGCUGAGGUAAUUAGAGAAGGCAAUGACAUAACACUUGUUGGAUGGGGAGCUCAGCUUACCGUUAUGGAACAAGCUUGUCUGGAUGCUGAAAAGGAAGGAAUAUCAUGUGAACUAAUAGAUCUCAAGACUCUAUUGCCUUGGGACAAAGAAACAGUGGAGGCCUCGGUUAAAAAGACUGGCAGGCUUCUUAUAAGCCAUGAAGCUCCUGUGACAGGAGGUUUUGGAGCAGAGAUCUCUGCAACAAUCCUCGAACGUUGCUUCUUGAAGUUAGAAGCACCAGUAAGCAGAGUUUGUGGUCUGGACACUCCUUUCCCUCUUGUGUUUGAGCCAUUCUACAUGCCCACCAAGAACAAGGCAAGCUUCUUCUGUUCCUCAGUAUCUUCCCCAUCCAAAACACACACAUUCUCCUGCAGACACUAAUCAUGGAUUUUUCACGUUUGUUGCAGAUAUUGGACGCAAUCAAGUCGACUGUCAAUUACUAGGCAUUCAAUCUUCUUUUUAUGUAUUAUGGGGGAGCUGUUUUCUGUUGUAUGCUAAGUGUUUCUUUUAAUUUAUAACAAUUUGAUAUACCAAGAUUAUCAAAUUGACAUUAUUAUCAUUUGCACUUAACAAAACAAAUUUAAG